GCCGCGGGGAGGUGCGUGUGGGUGUGACGUCACUUCGUGCGCCGCCUCCUGUUGCCGGGCAGCAAUGGAGGUUACUGGGGAGUCCUCUGUGGAGGACCCGUUGCGGAACUUCGUGCGGAUUUUGGAGAAGACAGAUGGCACGGUGCUGCGGCUGCAGCAGUAUGGCUCCGGCGGCGUGGGUUGCGUAGUUUGGGACGCUGCCAUUGUCCUUUCUAAAUACCUGGAAACGCCCGGGUUUUCCGGCGAUGGGGCCCACGCGCUGAGCCGGCGGUCGGUGCUGGAGCUGGGCUCCGGCACCGGGGCCGUGGGGCUCAUGGCCGCUACCCUCGGGGCAGAUGUUGUAGUCACCGAUCUUGAGGAAUUGCAAGACUUGCUGAAGCUGAAUAUUAAUAUGAACAAGCAUCUUGUCACUGGUUCCAUUCAAGCCAAGGUACUGAAAUGGGGGGAAGAAAUAGAAGACUUGACUUCUCCGCCAGACUACAUACUGAUGGCCGACUGCAUAUACUACGAAGAGUCUUUGGAACCGCUGUUGAAAACUCUAAAAGAUCUCAGUGGACCUGAGACUUGUAUUAUAUGUUGUUACGAACAGCGAACAAUGGGGAAAAAUCCAGAAAUCGAGAAAAAAUAUUUUGAGCUCCUUCAACUAGACUUUGACUUUGAAAAAAUUCCUUUGGAAAAACAUGAUGAAGAAUAUCGAAGUGAAGAUAUUCAUAUUUUAUACAUCAGAAAGAAAAAAUCGAAAUUUCCAUCGUGAAAUCUUUAAUCAUCUUACCCAAGCCUCUAACAACCUGGGUAAGCUAAAGAUGUGAAUGGAGCAUGUGAAUAUAGCAUGGGAAGAUUGUGUUCACAGAUUUUUCCAGCAUGUCCUUAAAGAUCUGUUAUUUAGACGAACACCAUCAUGGGCUGCCUGCAAAAUGAAAAAUGACUGACUGCCCACCUGCCAGUGGGCCUGAAAUCCAACUUAAUUUACUUUUAGCUCAGCAUCAAGUUCUGCUUAAGAGAAACAUCAUGUUUUAGCCACUCCUCAAAUAAAAAUAGGUAUUGAGGUUAACCUAAAGUCGGUCAGAAGUAAACAGUGAAGCAACAUGGUUGACUUGAUUUAUUUUCAGGAAAUUAGAGAUGAAUUGAUCCAGUUUCUAAAGAGAAAUAUCUAUUCCUAUAUAAUAAAGUUUAAAUUCAAACCAGUAAAUUUUAGUUUGUCUUCAAAAUAGGUAAAUUUAAAAGGUUUUCAUUUUAACAUAAUUAUGCAGUGGUUUUUGUCAUGUGUGUCUUCCUCAUUGCUUUUGUGAUAGCUUUAAUAUAUAAAUGUUCUUGUUCAUUAAAAAACUGAAAAUGUUUUGUAUAUUUACACUGGCCAGAGUUGUAAUAUUUUCUUCCACUAUACAUGCCUACAUGAGUUAGAUAGUAAAUUAUGCUGUAGUGAGUUGGUAAGAAUGAAAAGAAAUUGGGAGUUUAAGAGGAGCAGGGAGCUGCCAUUCCAAAAGUUUUGCAUUUGAGAAUGAGUGAGGAUAAAAAGCCCAUUUUCAGGCUCAUGCACUUAUGUGGCUCAUGCACCUUUCUCAUGUAUUAGGUUGGCCAAAAAGUUCGUUACAUUUUUCCCGUAAAAUAAAAGACACAUUUUUUCAUUUUCACCAAUAACUUUAUUGAUUUGGAUAUUUUGAGUGUGUUGGCUAUCUCCCACUAUGAGCUUCUAGUGGGUAGAGACCAGGGGUGCAGCUAAAUAUCUUCCAGUGUAUAAGACAAACCCACAGCAAAGAAUUAUUUGGCCAAAAUGUCAAUAGUACCAAGAAAAUGAGCAAGCCACUUUUGACACCUUUGUUCAAUCACAGCACCUCCAUACACUGCACAAAUCUUUUUUGUGUGUUUCAGUUGCAUUUUUACCUUUCUUGAAAUAAAGCAUAAUAUGCCAAAAAUGUUGCUUAUCUUCUUCGAUCUUCAGUAUUAAAAUGGCUGUACAAAAAUGCACCCACUUUGAUAAGUUUUUUAAAUGCAUGCUGCUAUGACAGCUGUAAUAAUACAAUCUAGCAAAAUUGUUUUGAAUGAAGUUAAAGACAACUAAGCACUGCUAGAGUCCUCAUAGGGAAAAAACGUAGCAGACUUUUUGGCCAAUCCAAUAUAUCUUCCCGGGAAAAGUGGCUAAAAAUCACUGGUGUUAACUUGUUACAUGAAAUGGAAAGUUUUUAAAUACUACAAGUGUAGUUCUGUAUACAUUUAGCAAAUGAUUUUGAUUCUGUGUAGUCUUUUUAUGUUAUCAUGAUAAUUGUUUGCUCACAGUCUGAUCUGUCAAGAACUUAGAAGUUUCACCAGUUCCAAAGAGUAAUAGUAAAUGGUAGAAUAAUGGUACUUACAGGCCUUGGUGCU